AUGACAAUUUAUGCUGGACCAUUAUCGCUUCAUGUCAGAAAAUAUAAAAGAUUAGCUUUAUUAUUUUGUACUUGUGGUUUUUUACUUGUACCUUCCAUUUACUUUUACGGAAAAGCCCCUAUCGUUGGAGCAAUCGGAGUUGGAUUAUCGUCGUUAGUUCCAUUAUUUUUUAUAAAUUAUUUAAGCGCAACAUAUGUAUCUCGAAUAUAUAUUUAUCUUCCUCCGCAACGUCGUUAUGAACCUUCAUUAAGAAGAUCAUUUAAUCCAUAUGCAUUACAUUCUUCAGGAAAUCCUUAUCUUACAAUAGAAACUUUUGAUUGGUUAGGUAGAAUAGAGGAAACUACACUUAAAUUAUCUGAAUUAAAAGAAUAUAAGAAUAAAAACAAAUUUCAAUGGAUAACUUGGAUAAAGCAAGAAAGUAAUAACAGAAUAGGGAAAAGGUUUUAUGUAGAAAAAAGGGUUUUAAAACAAGAUGUUUUUUCUAAAGGAUUAGUUGAAUGGAUUGAGAAACAAAGUGGAUUAAAUCAAGUUCAAAAAACUAACGAUUUAAAAUAA